AUGGCCGAACUGAGAAACCAUGACAUGUUGAGUGAGGGGCUGCUGUCCCCAGAUGGGUUAGAGCAGAUGAGUGCAGUGACAUAUGAUGAUGUGCAUGUCAACUUCACUUGGGAAGAGUGGACUUUGCUGAAUUCUUCCCAGAAGAAUCUCUACAAAGAUGUGAUGCUGGAGACCUACAGAAACCUCACUAUUAUAGGAUACAGUUGGGAAGACCAUAAUAUUGAAGAACAUUUUCAAAGCUCUAGAAAACAUGUAAGGCACGAAAGAAGUCAAACUGGAGAGAAACCUGUAUAUACUGAAUAUGGUAAAAUCUUUGCAUAUGAGAGUCAUCUUCAAAAUCAUAAAAGAACACAAACUGGAGAGAAACCCUAUGAAUGUAAUCAGUGUGGUAAGGCCUUUGCAAAACACGGUACUCUUCAAAUCCAUAAAAGAACACAUACUGGAUUGAGACCCUAUGAAUGUAAACAAUGUGGUAAAACCUUUGCACAGAACAGUCAUCUUCAAAUGCAUAAAAGAACACAUACUGGAGAGAAACCCUAUGAAUGUAAUCAGUGUGGUAAGGCCUUUGCAAAACACGGUACUCUUCAAAUCCAUAAAAGAACACAUACUGGAUUGAGACCUUAUGAAUGUAAACAAUGUGGUAAAACCUUUGCACAGAACAGUCAUCUUCAAAUGCAUAAAAGAACACAUACUGGAGAGAAACCCUAUGAAUGUAAUCAGUGCAGUAAAGCCUUUGUAUGUUAUAGUGCUCUUCAUUUACAUAAAAGAACACAUACUGGAGAGAAACCUUAUGAAUGCAUUCAGUGUGGUAAGGCCUUUGCACAACACAAUUCUCUUAAAAUCCAUAAAAGAACACAUACUGGAGAGAAACCCUAUGAAUGUAAUCAAUGUGGUAAAGCCUUUGCUCAUCACACUACUUUUCAAAUCCAUAAAAGAACACACACUGGAGAGAAACCCUAUGAAUGUAAUCAAUGUGGUAAAGCUUUUGCAUGUUACAAAAGUCUUCAAAUGCAUAAAAGAACACAUUCUGGAGAGAAACCCUAUUUAUGUGAUCAGUGUGGUAAAGCCUUUACACAACUCAGUACUCUUCAAAUGCAUAAAAAAAUACACACUGGAGAAAAACCCUAUGAAUGUAAUCAGUGUGGUAAAGCCUUUGUAUGUCAUGGUAAUCUUCAAAAGCAUCAAAGAACACAUACUGGAGAGAAACCUUAUGAAUGUAAUCAAUGUGGUAAGGCCUUUGCACAGCAUCGUACUCUUAAAAUGCAUAGAAGAACACAUACUGCAGAGAAACCCUAUAAAUUUAGUCAGUGUGGUUAA